AUGGCUAGAGUGCUCGAGGCGGUGUGGUUUGCUCAGAGAGCUGUAAUGGCGAUGAGACAGGACUGGGCGACAUCUUUUGGGGAACUGGAGCGGGAGACGGAGCUCUGGGUGGAGGAAGAAGCCUCAUGGGCAUUGUUAUCUGAGAAAACCAUGGAGGAGAUAGGUUUCAACCUACUCAUAAUGCAGCUCGAGGACGCUGGACGAAUGCCACUGCGGGACCUGGAUGCCCAUAUUAAGAGGAUUUUCUGUGACAUUCUCUCGCAACUCCAGCUUCCGGACCCCCCACAGGAUUUUAAGGAGACUGACCUCAUUGACAAUAUCAAGACAUAUCUACGAAACAAAAGGUAUCUGAUUAUUAUUGAUGAUUUGUGGGAAACAUCAGUAUGGGAUAUAAUUAAUCAAGCUUUUCCCAAGGGUAGUCAAGGCAGCAGAAUAGUAACAACUACACAGAUCGAAGACGUUGCAAUAGCAUGUUGUUGUUAUCAGUCAGAGCAUGUCUUUGAAAUGAAACCUCUGGAUGACGAUCACUCAAAAAAGCUAUUUUUUAACAGACUCUUUGGCUCUGAAAUGCCUACUUCUGAAAGAACUAGACAAGCACUGAAUCUGAGCUACAAUAAUCUUCCUCGUUAUUUGAAGACAUGCCUGCUCUACCUUAUUAUGUAUCCAGAGGGCUACACGUUCUUAAAAGAUGAUUUGGUGAAGCAAUGGGUGGCUGAAGGUCUGAUCUAUACAGCAGAAGGGCAAGACAUUGAGAAAGUUGCUGAAAGCUAUCUCUAUCAACUUAUUGGUAGAAGCUUCAUCCAGCCGAUAUGUGUCAACUACAACAAUGAGGUGUUGUCCUGUCAAGUGCAUGGCUUGGUACAUGAUCUUAUUGCACAUAAGUCUGAAGAAGAGAAUUUCAUCGUGGCAAUAGACUAUAGCUGUCGAAAGAAUGUGUCACUUUCUCAUAAAGCCCGUCGACUCUCGCUCAUAUUUGGCGAUGCGAGAUAUGCUAAGACACAAGCAAACAUCAGAAAAUCACAAGUUCGGUCAGUUAGAUUUUCUGGAUUACUUGAGUCUAUGCCUUGUCUUACAGAGUUCAAGCUUGUGCGUGUCCUAAACCUUCAACUAUCUGGUCAAGGCUGCCGUGGUGAUGAUAUAGCAGACCUCAGUGGGAUUUCAGAAAUGUUUCAACUGAGAUAUUUGAAGAUCGCGUGUGAUGUCUGCAUCAAACUGCCAAACCAUGUGCUACAAUACCUGGCAACACUGGAUAUUACAGAUGCAAGAUUUGCACCUGUUCCAUGGGAUGUGAAUUUUCCACGGUUGCUUCACUUGCACCUGAGUCUUCCUGUUGAGAGAGAUCUGCUGGAUUGGGUAGACAGAAUAGGGACUCCCAGUUUAAUGAGCCUUGGCACGCUGAACUACCUGCAGGAGCUUCAUCUUACCAUUUCUUCACUGUCUACUUUCCAUCAUGUGGCGAAAAACAUGGAAGCUCUGGGUUCUUUACUCGGAGGUCAUGGCAACCUGAAAACUAUAGCAGUAGCUCAUGCCUCAUCGGUUAAAAAUACCGCAGCUUCAAAAACAAACAUUUUAUGGGCUUGUAUGGAACCUCCCGCCCUUCUCCAGAGAUUUGAAUUCUCGCCGCACAUCAGCUGCAUAUUCUCACAGGUACCUUCGUGGGUUCGAAAACUUGGCAACCUAUGCAUUUUGAAGAUUGCAGUGAGGGAACUGAUGAUGAAUUCUGUUGAUAUUCUCAGAGGUUUGCCUGCCCUGACUGCUCUAUCGCUGUAUGUGGAGACACCGCCUGAUGACAAUAUCAUCUUUGAUAAGGCUGGGUUCUCAGUUCUUAAGUACUUCAAGUUUACGUUCAUGCGGGGUAUAGCUUGGGUAAAAUUUGAGGAGGAUUCAACGCGUAAUCUCUGGAAGCUCAAGCUAGUUUUCAAGGCCAUCCCCCCAAUGGACCAUCCCCAGUGGAGAACAUAUGGACAUGGUACAGCAUUAAUCAGCAUCAAUUAUAUGCCAGGCCUUAGAGAGAUCUUCACGAAAUUUGGGGGUGCAGCUGCUGAUCUGGAGUAUGUCUCGAGGAUUGGCGUAGCUAGUAAUCAUCCAAGCAAUCCUAUAAUUGACGUGCAAUUUGUGGAUUCUGGUUCCUAUGUUGAUGAAAGCACCGAGACUGAAAUAACAAGCACACAUGAGAUUUUGGAGGAAAACUAG